AUUUGUUUUUUAUUAUUUCAAAGAGAAAUAAGAUUGUUUCGCCGGGAAGGGCGACUCGGUUCGCCAUAAUGGCCAGCCGCUGGUACUUAGAGCAUGUGACCACACGCGAACGUAUCGACCUCAACGAGGGGGAGAACUUAAUGGGUCGACAUUCCUGCUGCAGGAUUAUUUUAGGUCACAUUUAUGAGUUUGUGUCCCGGGAGCAUGUAAAUAUAAUUGUGAGCGAUGCCGGUGUGAUAGUACAGGAGAUGAACUCCAGGAACGGCGUCUUCAUCAAUGAGCAGCGGAUGAGCGGGGAGUUCAGACGCAUGCCGGUUGUAGAGGGCACCACCAUUAGCUUGGGAGUAGAAGGGCACUACACUGACAUUCCGCGCACUUACCCGAUCUUCGUGCUGCGGAAAGUGGCUACCGAGGCGGAGGAGAUAGUGCUGUUAUCCGACGACGAUGACGAUACCCAGCCGCUGCCUGCGCAAACAACUAUUAAUGGCACUCUGGCUAAAGAAUUCAAUCUUGGUAAGAUUUCCCUGGACUUGGAUGAAAAGAUGGGUGCUACAGACCAGGAGGGGCAACACUCCAGUACCAACUUGCACCUGCCCAAGAUUCCCGAGGUAAAGCAGGAGCUGGUGAGCAGAACCACGAAGGAGAUCAGAGACAUAUUCGGCGAAGCGGAUGACGCUAUUCUUGGUAGCGUAGUGGAUAUUAAUCCAUAUCUGUACAACCAGUUGAACAAGAUAUCUGGUGGCACUGCUCCUGCGAGCGCCAAAAUCCAUGACGGCGACGUAAUAGAACUGGAUACGGAUACUAAUAAGGAGGAGAUGCAGCCACCACCUCCACCAGAGCCGCUUGAACUCAUUGACGAUGAGUACGACGAGCAGUUUGCCAUGUCGCAAGCCGUGCUGCAGGAGAUGAAGGCCGAGUUGGCCUCUAGCGACGACGAGGAAGAUUUUGUAUCGUUUGAAAACAUACAAGAUGAAGAGCGGCUAGGUUCGCCUUCGUCUCAAGUUAGCUACGAUGAUAUCAUUAUCGUCGAGAGCGACGACGAUGAGCUGUAUGACAAGGUGGCCGACUGGUCGAACAAACUCCUUAGCCAAAAGGUUCCAGACGUCAUCGCAAUGUCGCAAGCAUAUCCGGUGAUGGAGGACUCGAGCUCGGAUCAGGAGAACGAGUCGCUCUUUGAAAUGAAGCCACCGAUAAGGUCACUCCGCAUUGAUAGCUCCAGCGAGGAUGAAUCCAGUGACCUUGUUCUGUGUAAUGCAGAAAGCAGAACAAAAGACCCUCCCUUCAUAGAUACAGAUGAAACUCUGAAAAGAGAUAAACCAGAACAGCAGGACGAAAAUUGGGAUUGCCGCGAAGAGUUGGUGGUAACUCUGCAUGCUCCUGAGGAACCAAAGAAUAUAUCAAUUGAAAAAACUGAGAGGAACUUAUCUUUCACCCGGUUAAAAAGCAAGACAAUCCAAUCCGGUGAGGAUGGCGAUGGAAAGGCUAUGGAACCUCAAAAUAAAGUGAAAAGGAUAACCCCGAAAGAACAAGAUCAAGACGAAUCUGCUAAGGUUCCAGAAACUCCGUCAAAAACCCGAAGCGCUAGGUUACUAAACCGAUCGCGUUCCUGCUAUAUUGAGCGGGCAAUAGAGUUGGAUGAAGCCCUGAUCAGCAAACAAGUAAAUUACGAUAUAAAAGAAAAGCAAAACGAAUCUCUGUCUAGGAAGGGCCACGUUACCAAGAAGUACGAGGAAAACAAAUCAAAUAAGACAAUUCCUUCUCAUGAAGGAAUUGAAGAAAAAGCUAAGCCACCCAAAAAUAGCAAUAGCGUUACACCAAGAAAAGAGGACACAGUUGAAAGUGUAACUCAAAUAAAGGGCAGAAGCCCUCGGUUACUAAACCGAUCAAAAUCAUGUUAUAUAGAUCCCACGGAUAAUAUGCUUAGGACUAAGGAGAAUUUGCCAGGCCAUAGCAAUGCUACCACGAGAGCUGAGAUCACCAAGGAUACCAGAUUUACUCGCGGGCCUUCCAUAAUAGAGGCUCCAUUCAUGUUAAAAAAUCGGUGCAAGGUUAACAAGGAUAAGCAGAAGGUUAUCGAUCGCCAGCGCUUCGUUGAUUACCAAGCCGAAAUGAACGCCAAGUGGUACCAGAAACCGAAGGAUAAAAAAAAGGACGACGUUGUGAUCAAGGAGAAACGACGAGAGGCUUUGAAGAAGCUCUCUGAUAAACCCAAAGAUGAGGAGAAUAAGCCCUCCACCUCGAAAGCAAGCAAAAGAAAGAAUUGCACCAGUGUGCCCACUGUCAGCAACUCAAAUCGCGGGGAAUUCCUCACCAAAGGGAUCGAAAGUGGUCCUCCAGCCAAAAUAUCAAAGAAGGCAGCGCCGGCGAAGAAUUCGACUCCCAAGCGACGCUCCACCAUUGACGAUCCGUCGCAGCGGCCCUCUACAGCGGACGAUCUAGCCAAAUAUCCAGAACCUCAUUGCUCCCGUCCGCCAGAACGCAAGGAGGCGCAGGAGGCUAGGAAUCAACGAACUUGUAAUCGCGUCAACUUUGCUGAUAUGGAACGUGAAAGCAAGAUGAAGAAACAGCAAAGGCGCGUCCGUUUCUGCGACAAAGUCAAGAUUAAAUAUAUUGAUAAUAUAAGUGGGGCCCGUAAGCCCGUGCGGAAAAGGAAGGAUACCUUGAAGAUCUGCCUUAGCACGUAUAGCGAGAGACGCGAAUGGACCCUUAAGGGGAACCAUAUGGUGAACGACAUUCCCUUUCAAAAGCAGACUAUCCUUACAUGGGCCAAUCAGUGGCUGAAGCAUGGCACUGUGGAUGCUGUAGCUGAAACGGAUGUCCUGAUGCCUAUUCCCACCGACUUUAGCGGCUUCCAACAUUACAAGAAGACUUUUUUGCCGCUGAUGAGACUAGAGAUGCUGACCACUAUCGAAAGAGACUACAAGAGCUCGAAGAUAACACUUGAUCUUAAGGUGAUUGCAGUAUAUUCCGAGAAAGAGUGCUACCACUUAGUGGCCAGAACUAAGACCAAACCCAUUGGAAAGUUCGACCUUUACACUCUUUCCAGUGGCCACGAACUGUCCGAAACCUUCGCCCUGCUGUUGGCCCAAAAGACUGUCGGUGGCAGCGCUUGGGACCUGACCUUCCAAAUUUGUGCACAGGUAUCCUUGGACAUGAUGAAAAGGCUGCAGCAGUUAAUUGCUCGUCCGGUGGUAGAUAGCCUCCGAGUGGAAUUGGGAGCUUUGAGCGCUAUUCAUCAGCUUCACCGUUCGCCACUCUGCAGACGAAUCUUGAUGCCCACUGAGGCGGUAAAAACUGUACAAAUACCAUCUAUGGCACAGGCGCUUGCCUACAAGGGAUUUAGCCCACUUAACAAGGAUCAGGAGGAUAUUUGUCUCCGCGUCUAUGAGAGAGUAAUCGACGACAUGAACCCAAGCUUGACCCUAGUACAGGGUCCUCCUGGCACUGGUAAAUCCAUACUUCUGUCAAAUCUCAGUCUGCAGUGUCUAUAUGGAAGGGCCUCUGUUAUGCUGGACCGCAAGUUAUUAAUAUGUGCCCAUUCUAACACGGCCGUGGAUCAUUUGGUGAAAGCUUUAAGUAAAGCACUUUUUGCCAUGAGCCAUGACCACUUCCAGCUUCUGCGAUUCGGGAUGAACGAAAAAAUUAACGAAAACUCAAAACAGUUUUCGGUUUCUGCGCAUUUAAAAAAAGCCAAGAAUGAUAAGCUGAAGCGUCUAGCUCCAGAGAUCAUCGAAAUGUUAAAGAAGCAGCACUGUGAAUUGAGUGGCGAGAUCCAGCAGCUGAGGCAGAACUCAAAUCUGAUGUCCACUUAUCUUCACCAGCAGUUGGAACAGAAGCAGAAGCAGCUUUUGCUGAUCAGCGACCAACUCAAUCCACCGCUGACGCAACGUGAGGAGUAUGACAUUACCAAGAUGUGUGUAAAGCGAGCUCACAUUGUCUGCACGACGCUCUCAUCAUGUGUUAAGCUGGCCAAUUACGUGGACUUCUUCGACAUCUGCAUCAUCGACGAGGCCACUCAGUGCACGGAGCCCUGGACGCUUCUUCCCAUGAGAUUUGGUAUAAAACACCUCGUUCUGGUUGGAGAUACACAGCAGCUACCGGCGGUAGUGCUGUCCAAGAAGGCCACUGACUUGGGGCUCGGUAACUCCAUGUUCGACAGGAUUCAGAAGAGCCUGGUGAAGCACCUCAAUCUGGAUCAACCAGGAGGCAUUGUGCACACCAAACUUUUUAAGUUAACCAUGCAGUAUCGCAUGCACCCAGAGAUCUGCCGGUGGCCCAACAAAUACUUCUAUGAGGAUAAACUAGUGAGUGCGGAUACAACCGCAAAGUCUUCGCCGCUUAUCCCCUACUGCGUGGUGAAUCUGAGCUACACUCGAGACACCGGUGGUACCAGUGGGAAUAAGAGCAUAAGCAACGACGAGGAGGCUCGUUUCGUGGCUCAAUUGCUGGCUGAGAUGGACAAGCAUAUGCCCAGCAAUCGUUUUAGUUACGGUUUGAUCUCGCCGUACAGCAAUCAGUGCCACGUCCUUAGCCAGGUAAUUCCACGCCAUAUGAAGUUGACGCCGAAAACUGUGGACUCGUACCAGGGGUUGGAGAAGGACGUGAUUAUAAUCUCUAAUGCACGGACACGCGGCUGUGGCUUUCUGGCCCACUAUCAGCGACUCAAUGUGGCUCUGACAAGGCCGAAGCGAUGCCUGAUUAUAUGUGGAAACUUUGAUGAUCUGCAGUCUGUUGAUAUGUGGCGACAGUUGCUUGACGAUGCCCGCCAGCGUAAAGUUUACUUCGACUUGAAGCGCGAUGAAGUAAACGAUUUGCAGCGCUCCCUGAUGCAGAAGCUCCUUGUGAAACCAUUGUGAUUGCCCAUGAUUCCUUAAUAGGAAACUAUACCCUUAUGAUAAUUAUUAGAUUUAAGAACACGUCACUUCGUGUACCUUCGUUUUUGAAUAAAAUUAAUUGUUUUUUGUAAUUUUCCUUA